AUGGUGGAUGAAGAACUGGAGCUCUUCAGGAGGAAUCAUUUCUUGCCUCAGGGAGGCAUAUGUCCUGUGGUCCCUGUCGGAUUGAUAGUCCAUCAUUCCGAUCACUUCUUUGCAGUCAUUUUCGACUAUCGUCGACGCACAGCGCAUGUCUUGGGUCGCCGUAUUUCCGACUCGGUAAUGGACAUCGAUGGAGUGGAUUUACACGACUGGAAUGAUUGGAGUGGGCCACAAUACUGGAGGAGAAUUGGAUCGCUUCAUGGCUGGAGUACAGGGGAUGUCAGCGAUGUGUCCGUGAUAAGCAAGGACUGGAUGCAAAAUGGCGUGGACUGUGGUCCUAUCGCUUGCUCCGUGCUUGAACAAUGCCUCACCUCAGGAUUAGAUGAGCAUGGCAACCUGCCAGGGUUUGAAGUCCAAUGCGGCCACAUACUGCGAAUCACAAUGUUGCAUAAGAUCGCCGGGCGCAUCAAACUCAGCUGCAGCGACUAUCUGAUUCUCCUGGACGGUCCACAAGAUUAUUGGAGAGAGGAUGAUGUGCCAGAUGAAGAUGUUAUUUCUGCGAUUCAAAAUGGGCGGCACCAGGCUGAGUGCCUCAAGCUCAUGCGUAAAUUGACUAUCUUGAGCGCCACUUGCUCGAUGUGUCAACGUCCCAUUCUACAUCAGGAUGAUGAAAGCCCCUUCCAAAACGAGGAUAACGGAGAUAUGAACCAAGUCGAUCAGGAUGUUUUGUUGAAAGCAAACAAACAACUAGCAGGAUCCCGGAACCGCAAUUCAAUAGUCCCUCGCUCUGUUGGAACACACCUCGAAUUGGAACCAGAGAUACUACCUGACAUGCAUGAUGCAGGCGACUCGCAACGCUCUAAAUCUGCCUUAGCAUCUCGGAGGCGAGUGAAAAACUUGAAUCUAGGAAGCAACAAACGAUUUCCACGUCCAAUUCCACCACUUCCCCUUGGUGCAUAUUCAGGUAGGAGGUGGCUCAAGGACGACCUCGCAUUCGACGAUUAUGAAGGUGGGCCUACAAUCGAGAUGUUGAUAAGACCCAGGGACGUAAAUAACACUAUGACAUUGUGUGCUGGGGAAAUCCAACUUUCUACUGCCUGGGUGUAUUGGGUCGACCAUGGAUAUCGCAUCACGCCUAGCUCAUUCCAUAUAUUCUAUCAAUGCGACCCCACGGCCACCAUGGACCACAUCAUGCCUAUUGGAACGACCAGCUCAUAUGAUGCUUCAAAUCAGAUUCCAGAUCGAGUGACGGGUGCAUACAGCCUUGCACGCCUCAGACCAUCUCCAGAAGCACGGCACGUGCAUAUUACAGAUGUGGAAAUACUCUCUGCUUCGGAACUCAUUGAUUCCGCGCAAUACGACCCCCCUCUGCAUGAAGAAUGUAGGUUCGGACACAAUGCUUUUGUCCGUGGCCACACCAGUCAUCGAUACGGUGAUGGUGCUGCAUUAUACGUCGACCUGGAAAGAGAUUCAAUCACAUUUUCAGAGGAUGAGAUAGAGACCUCGGUGGACAUAGACAGUAUCAUUUGGACGACAAAAAUGUUCCGAUGCAAGGGUUCUGUGGGGAUCUACAUCACUCCGCCAUUUCAAACAAAGCCUGGCAUAUUCAAGCACAAUCACACAUAUGUCGACAUUAUGAUACCGCAGUCGGAAGGGGACGCCAAUAGUCCUGGUGGAAGAACAGAAUGGCUGUCCAAAAGAUUUCCCAUGUCUGCCAUCCCUCAUGCCUCUAUUGGGCGCAUAUCCUCCGCUUCCUCGACGCUCAAUCUUUACGUUGCCUUCCCAAGAAUGAUUCAUCAACACCCGGUGAAUGGUCGUAGAAUCACCCUGAUGCCAAAGGAGGUCUUGGAUAUCUUUUGGGAUAGAGUGCUGCUGCCAUCCAUAGGAGACUGCACCGACGUCAGCUGGGCGCCUUACCUCAAGCACACUUUGGAGGAGGCAAGAUAUAAGGCGAGAGGUAGAGAUGGACGCAAAGGCGGAUGGGGUCCUCCAAAGACAAUACCACUCUCUGAUGAUGACUUUAGAGAUGUGCAGGACCGCAUGGAAGCUCGCAUACGUGAUGGAGGGGGAGAGCUGAGUAUGUAUGGAUCGUUGUUCUUUAUUCUGGAGGGAAAAGGAAUAAAGCUCCUGACAAAGGACGGACAGAGAGGCCGUUUCUCAGGACCAGAGGAGGCCCUGCGUCGAAAUCUGUCCGACCUCGACUGGCCAUAUAUGAUGGACCGGAGGCACGGGGAGCUUCUUCUGGAUGUAGGCAUCUCAUUCACGCCUCGCUCUCCAGAUGUUCCUGUCGUCGGGGUGUGGAGAUUAGAUGCGUUGGAGGCAUCGUUUGGUGCAGGAGGCUACAAGCGAGGCGAUAUACAUCACCACAACAUGCUGUCCAGAUAUGGCGCACUGCAGGCAGAAAUGCAACAGGAAAGAUCACAGCAGACUCACAUAGCAUUCAGGAGCACCUACAAUCUAUACUACGAGUCCAUCCGCACAAACAACAACCAGGCGAACUUUGCUUCCGACAGCGAUGCAUACAAGCUAUCUCCUUCAUACAUGGCUGAAUGCUUUGACAUCAUGAAGGUUGUCGAUUGCUGCAAGGGGAAGACAUAUGGUGUUAGAGAUGAGUAUAGGGUCAGCGGCCACGCAGCCAGGAUCAUGUUGGACGAUAUAGAAAGCAAGGCUGUUCAAUAUCUGCAAUCAGAUCCAAUACUGUGGAUUCCAUCCACAAUCUGGUUCGAGCUCAUCAGGCGACGUGUACGGGAGAUUCAAAGGACCCAAAUAACCAUCGUAAAAAAGAACCCUCCCAAUCUUGGCAUCCUGACUGGUCUGCUAAACCACAUGCUUCGCUCGACUACAUCAACCCCUAUCAUCUAUGACUCCCAUGUCCGCGAAUCCCUCACCCUCCUUGAAUACAGGAAUGUGCUCGAGACAGCAGGGAUGUUUUUCUUGCAGGACUUCGAUAUAAACAGCGACACGUGCCUAGAGGAGGUGCAGCAAAUCGAUGAUGUUAAUGUUUUGGGACUUAUGGGAGUAACUGCAAAGGCGCAAAGGGAUAGAGCAGUGGCAAGGAUGGAUGCAUGGCGACGCAAUGAGUCAGAAUCAGAAGAAUAUCCUCUUGGUCGGACACCAACCUGGACCAGCCUCAAGACAGCCAUCUCACACUCUCCAGCGACAAUCAUGAGAGACUGGUCAUGGACAUCCAGGAUGUCCAACAUUCAACUCACUGUUGGACGUUUGGUCGUAAUGUUCACAAGGCAUCUGUGGCUCAUGCUGAUGGAAGAAGUCAUUAAAGGCACCAGACCCUACCCUAACUCACUUUAUGAUGCCAUGAAGUGCUGGACGAUAACAAGCAUCGACGAUACACUUGCUUCUGUCGCUUUUGAAGCCUGCAAUGCUGGUUUGCAUGACCAUACAGGCGUAACUCCAGGUCGCUUGGGUCCCCAGUCAAGAGCCUUUGUGCACAGAUGCUCGUUAUUCUUUCCUGACCCUGACGCUCCCCAUAAGCGCAAUGCUCAGUGGUGUGGACUGUGGGAAAGAGAUGGAUACAUCGCAGAAUUCCAUAGGACGAUGAAGACAUUGGAUGGGGAUCAGCAGGAAUCGCUAAAGCAAGGUUUACGGGACAUAUUUUCGGAACUUCACUGUCUACCUUCGAGUGGUGUGAGGGUGUGGAUCCAAAAGAAGGAUGCCAUAGUAUUCGUAACAAAUCCUGCAUUUUAUAGGAUCGACCGCAUUGGAAGGGGGGGCGAGAGUCAGAGGAGAGCUCCAAGAGCGCGUCGGACUAUGAAGGUGAUCAAGGGAAAGCGCAUAUUUGCGGCUGAUCUCAUGGACUCACAACCAUUCGACGCCGAUGGGAAUUUGAGAAGGAAGACAGAGAGGCAAAAGCGUCGGGAGAUUCACAAAAAGAUGACUAUGGAAAAGAGAAACAAAAGGGUACCCCCACCCCCACGUCCUCGCAAGUCCAGGCCAUUCCCAAUGAGUGAAUCAGCACAUGUGGUGACAGAUGAUGAAAUGGAUGUGGAUUAG